UUCCCUAUAUACACACAAUUGACAAUGGUUAACCGCGCUUUUGUGAACGUCGGCCGCUGGUCAGCACUUGCUUUCGGUCUUGUGUACGGCUUUUCGCACAAUGCGUCAUUGCAGAAGCAGGAGGAUGUAAAGAAGCAACAACUCGAAUACGAGCGUCAAGAAAAACUUAUUGAAAAGGCAAGACUCGCUUAUGCUGCCAAGCAGAACGCCACCGCAAAACCGGUUGCCGCCACUGAAUCAGUUGACGUCGACAGCCCAGACUUUGAUUUCGAUAAAUUCAUUGCACAACUGGAGGCUCAGGAAAAGAAAUAAUAUGCUCGCAACACUUAGAUCGACUGCAUUGAAAUUGUGUGUUUUUUUUAAAUAUGAACGUUUUGCAUUACAAAAAAGAAGACGUUUGAUUUGUAUA